AUGAGUGGAUUAAUAUCAAGACAAAGUAUCAGAACGGCGAGUAGUGGGUUAGUAAGAAGAUGGAUGGGCCCGAGGUAUUUGAGAAAUGGACCGAAAUUUACAACCGGUGCUCCACGUAAGGGGAAAUGGAUUCCGUGGACAAUUUUUGGUGCUAGUUUUGCUACUGGGUGGUUUUUCACUCAACAUAUGACUUUCAAAGAUGUCAUGGCUUGGUGGAGAUACGAUUCUUUACCUAAGGAUAGUACUGAAGUGAAGGACUAUGAAGCCCAAUUGACUGCCAGAGCCGAACAAUUACCAGUUGUCAAGCAAUUGAUUGCAAAGGGAUUUGUUGAGGUGUUUCCAGCUUCGAAGGAUACCUCAGGAAAACCUGUCAUCAGUGGAUUAGUCACCAAAGCUCUAAGAAGUCCCGGUGCUAUUGCUAUUGAACCUAAAUUCUACUAUAACCCUCAGAGUAAUGAUACUGUUGGUUUAUAUCACCUUGGGAUGAAACUAACUGGUUACCCAUUUAUUGUACAUGGGGGUAUGCUGGCUACUGUGAUGGAAGAUCUGAUGCGUCAAGCAAUGUUAGUUCGUGGUGGUAAUAGUGAUAUGACCAAUUGUGAGAAGACCAGAGACUUAAAUGUGUCUUAUAAAUUUCCUACAUUUGCUAAUCAAUUUGUUGUAGUGAGAACUACUGAAUUCGAACAAUUUGGUCAAGGAACCAAGAUGCGCUGCGAAGUAUUAGACCAAACUGGUAAUAACAUAUUGGUGACUGGUGGUGCCGUGUUUACCAAACCUUAG